AUGACACACUCACUAACCGAAGUCCCACCGUCUGCCGGCAAGGCAGUCAACGUCUUCGGGGAAGUCUCUGUUAUAGAUGACCCCUCGCAGAAAUUCCCCAACAUGUCUUCAAAGCUCAUCAGCCAACCUCAAGGAAUACGUAUCUUGAAAAAUGUCAGUGAGUUGCCAGUCAUCGGAGGGUCUUCCGCAUUUCGGUUUGCUCGUGGCUAUGCCUUGGCCAAGACAAACUCCUUCAAUACCAGCUCCGGCAAUGCUGUUGCCGAGUACAAUGUCUAUGUGAUGCAUUACCAGUUUAGCUUGACUGUGUUCAAAUGGUAG